AUCAGUGAGGCCACUCUCUCCUGAGAUGACUGACUGUCCAUUGCUUCGUGAAGGAAACCUUGAUACACAAUUUCCAGUACUCAAUAAUCAAUUACUGGUCCUUGAGGUUAUUGUGUAUGACAAAGAGAGGCACAGGUUUGAUAACUUCUCUUCUCUCCACUGGAAGUGGUCAUCUUCUGACUCAUCACUCCUACCAUUAAACCCACCCAACUCUCAGUGGAGACACUAUGGUAACAGAGCUGUGCUGAGUACUGGCCUAUCAAGGACUACAGGCUCUGUCUCUGUUACUCUCAGCUCUAAUACUCACCAAAUAGAAGUACUAGAAGCUGCUGGCACAUCAUUCCAGGAUCCAUAUUCUCCUACAGUGGAGUCCUCUUUGUCUCUGUUAUUGAAGUACCGGGCGGUCCUUGAUCCAGAGUCAGCUCUGGUAUACAAUCACCCUAACAACAGGUUCAUAGUGUCCAUACUCCAUGGGUCCUCGUUCUUUUAUGUUGAUCAUGUCAUAAAACCACGCCCACCUGUCGCUGAUGUGGAAUACAUUAAGGACUCACAUCAGAUCAAUAUUCUACCAGUAGGUGAAGGUCAUGUUCUCAUUAGUGUUAAGGAUUUGUGUUUACCUGGUGAUCUCCUCUCAAGUGUUAUUCAUAUUUCUACUAUUCAUUUCAUUCGUGUUAGAGCACCUGAUAAGGUAAGCACUCUCACUUCAUGUAACAAUAUAAUAAUAAUAAUGUGGUUAUUAUAA